AAAACUACUUAAAAGUUUGGUUUUGCUGUCUCUUUUUCUUCACAUUCUAUUUCUUUUUUCAUUUUCUUCUUCGGGUUUUGUUUCAGCUCCCAGUUUACACCAUCCAUGGCGGUUGAGGAUUCUAUCGCUCAAGAACAGCCCAGCAAGGUUGCUCAAGAGAAUGGGAAAGUUUUUCUCAGCGAGCCAACGGCUGUUGAGAAGAGCUCUUCAUACAGGGAAGAAAGCGAUUUUCUAUCUGAUCUCAAAGACUCUGAGAAGAAGGCUCUGUUUGAACUCAAAACCCAGCUCGAAGAAGCCAUUCUUGGAAACUGCUUGUUAAAGAAAGAAGAUCAACCCGAAAAGAAUGAUGGGAAUGUGAUGAAAGCUGAAAAAGGUGAUGAGGAAGAUCAACCAGAAGAUGCGGGUGAGGAGAAAGCAACCCAACAAUGCGAAGAGAAGAAAUUUGAAGAAAUAAAUAAUAUCCUUUGCCUUUGGGGAGUCCCUCUUUUGCCUAGCAAAGGUAGAGAGGCUACUGAUGUAAUCUUGUUGAAGUUCUUGAGAGCUAGGGAGUUCAAGGUCAACGAUGCGUUUGAGAUGCUUAAGAAUACUUUGCAGUGGAGGAAGGAUGGCAACAUUGAUUCAGUGUUGGAGGAGGAGUUUGGGGCUGAGCUAGGGUCCGCCGCUUACAUGAAUGGAAUUGAUAAGGAGGGCCAUCCCGUCUGUUACAACAUCUAUGGAGUGUUUGAGGAUGAAGAGCUUUAUAAGAAGACAUUCGGGACGGACGAGAAUCGCAGGCACUUUUUAAGAUGGAGAUUUCAGUUGAUGGAAAAGGGUAUUCAAAAGCUUGACUUGAGGCCCGGUGGUGUCACUUCUUUGCUUCAAAUCAAUGAUCUAAAGAACUCUCCUGGACCCUCAAGGAAAGAACUAAGGAUUGCCAUGAAACAAGCUGUGGGAGCCUUACAAGACAAUUAUCCUGAAUAUGUAGCAAGAAAUAUCUUCAUAAACGUUCCAUUCUGGUUCUAUGCCCUCAAUGCACUAUUAUCUCCUUUCCUAACGCAAAGAUCUAAGAGCAAGUUCGUGGUGGCUCGCCCAGCAAAGGUCACUGACACCCUUCUCAAGUACAUUCCUGCUGAAGAAGUCCCAGUGCAGUACGGUGGCUUCAAGAGAGAAAAUGAUUUUGAGUUCAGUGACCAAGAUGCUGCUGUUUCAGAAAUUAGUAUCAAGGCAGGAUCAACCGUGACAAUUGAGAUACCUGCCGAAGAGGUUGGAAGCACAUCGAUCUGGGAACUGAUGGUUUUGAAUUGGGAAGUAAACUACAAGGCGGAAUUUGUACCAUUUGACCAGGGGUCAUACACCAUUAUAGUCCAGAAGAGCAAGAAGAUGGUGUCACAGUCUCUAGAAGAAGGUCCCAUCCGCAACACCUUCAUCAAUAAUGAAUCUGGAAAGCUAAUUCUCACUAUUGACAACACUUCCAGCAAGAAGAAGAGACUUCUUUACCGCUACAAGACCAAAAAGAGUUCAUCUUUAUAAGGCUCCGUUUGUUUCACUGAAAAUGAUUUUCGGAAAUGAUUCUUAGAAAAUGACUUACUUUUUUUAAAAAGUUAAUAUUUUUUUUAUGUUUAGAUGAAUCUGUGUAAAAUAUUUUCUUUUAUUUGGCAGGUUCUUUAAAAAUAUUUCAUAAAAGUCGUUUUCAAUUAAACAAACAUACAUUUGAGAUUUUUUAAUUUUUUCAUUAUUUAAUUGAGUUUAUUUUAUAUCUAUAAUUUUAUAUUUUACAUUGUUUUUACAUAUAUUAAUAAUAUUUUGUUAAAUUUAGGUUCA